AGAUGUCAUUUUCUUUAUUGCUUUUCCCUUUAAUAAAAAAAUAAAAAAGCAUUCACCGCUAUAAAGAACACAAAACCAGAAUCUUCUUUUUCUAUCUCUGUGGGUUUGUCUGUCUUCUGUGUCUACUAUCCUUUGUACACAGAGAAUUUCUCUCUUCCCUUCUCUACACUGAAAAUAUCUAAGCAAAAGACACUGACUUUAUCCGAUAAUGUAUUGAAUUCCCAAUCAAGUAAUCACUUUUUAUCAUUCAUUUGUUUCAUUAUUAUAGGAUAAUAUGUUUAGAGGUUUUCGGAUUCCUGGAAGCCCACUAUAAAGGCAAAGUAUAACCUCCUGACCCUGAGUUAUCAAGAUAAGUAAAAGUCUAAUCCUUUCUGCUGGUUUCAAUGGGGGGAUCCAAAGCCAAGCCACCAACUUCAUUUUCCUUCAUUUUCUCGCUGUUUCUCACCGUGUCAUGUCUCUUGACACCAUUGGGAGCCCAGCAGCAGUCACCCAUUAAGACUAUAGUGGUGUUGGUGAUGGAAAAUAGAUCCUUUGAUCAUAUGGUUGGGUGGAUGAAGAAAUCCAUUAACCCUGCAAUCAAUGGGGUAACUGGGGAUGAAUGCAAUCCUGUUUCAACAAAAAAUUCAAACCCAGAAUCCAUUUGCUUCACUGAUGAUGCUGAAUUUGUGGAUCCGGAUCCAGGUCACUCUUUUGAAGCAGUGGAGCAACAGGUAUUUGGCUCUGCCUCCUUUCCUUCCAUGUCUGGCUUUGUGGAACAAGCACUAUCAAUGUCUCAGAACCUCUCUGAGACUGUCAUGAAAGGUUUUAGGCCUGAGGCUGUGCCAGUUUAUGCUGCUCUUGUAAAAGAAUUUGCAGUCUUUGAUAGGUGGUUCUCUUCAAUUCCUGGUCCAACACAACCCAAUAGGUUGUUUGUGUAUUCUGCUACUUCUCACGGCUCAACAAGUCAUGUUAAGAAACAGUUGGCUCAAGGCUACCCACAAAAAACAAUCUUUGAAUCACUUCAUGAGAAUGGUAAGGGCUUUGGCAUUUACUUCCAAAACAUACCCACAACUUUGUUCUAUAGAAAUCUGAGGAAAUUGAAGUAUGUCUUCAAGUUUCAUCAAUUUGAUUUAAAGUUUAAGAAAGAUGCUAGGAACGGUAAACUUCCCAGCUUAACAGUUAUCGAACCAAGAUAUUUUGAUCUGAAGGGAUUGCCUGCAAAUGAUGACCAUCCAUCUCAUGAUGUUGCUAAUGGGCAAAAGCUUGUGAAGGAGGUGUAUGAGACAUUGAGAACAAGUCCUCAAUGGAAUGAAACCCUUUUGGUAAUUACUUAUGAUGAGCAUGGUGGUUUCUAUGAUCAUGUCAAGACUCCUUAUGUCAAUGUACCCAACCCAGAUGGAAACACUGGCCCUGCUCCUUCUUUCUUCAAGUUUGACAGGCUUGGUGUUCGUGUGCCAACAAUCAUGGUCUCUCCUUGGAUUAAGAAAGGCACUGUGAUAAGUGGUCCAAAGGGACCUACUCCAAACUCUGAGUUCGAGCAUUCAUCCAUCCCUGCAACAAUAAAAAAAAUGUUCAACCUGUCCUCCAACUUCUUGACUCACAGAGAUGCUUGGGCUGGCACUUUCGAGGAGGUUGUUGGGGAGUUGUCCUCUCCCAGAACUGAUUGCCCAGAGACAUUGCCUGAUGUAGCUCCUUUAAGGACAACAGAAGCGAAAGAAGAUGCCGGUCUCUCUGAAUUUCAGGGUGAGGUAGUUCAACUAGCAGCUGUUCUUAAUGGUGACCACUUCUUAAGUAGCUUCCCUGAUGAGAUGGGCAAGAAGAUGCGCGUGAAAGAAGCUCACGAGUAUGUGAAAGGAGCAGUUUCACGGUUUAUAAGAGCAAGCAAAGAGGCCAUCAAGAUGGGAGCAGAUGAAUCUGCCAUUGUAGAUAUGAGAUCGUCGCUUACAACUAGAUCUUCAAUCCACAACUAGUUGAACCUUCUUCCCUUCCAUAUGUUAUCUAUCAACCUCUAUAUCUUACAGGUUUUAGAAAUGUAUUUUCUCAUUAAAUUGCGAUAAAACUAGAAGUACUUUUGUGCAAGAACUGUCUUUAAAUCAUAAACAUCUAAUCAUAUCUCAGAAUGAUGUAAAUAACAGCUUCAGGACUAAAAUUUCUAGAGGUGAAACUCUUUGUAGAACUUCGUCAGGUAGAUUUAGAGUACAAUCUUUCCAGGCUUCACAGAUCACAACCAGUUAAACUUGUUGAUGUAUGACCACCGCCAGGCUUUUAUCCCUGCACUAGAUUUUGCACAUGUUUGGUCAGCAUUUGGACACGAGGGUUGUGAAUUGUGAUAGUUGAAGACGGCUCCUAGCCUCUUGGUAUUCUUACAUUUUAGGUUUGCUUGUGUGGUAGCUGGUAGGCAGACAAGGAUGCUAAAAGUUAAACUCCUUCGAUCCUGCUUCAAAAAUCAAAACUCAUGGCCACCACCGAGGAAGUUUAUAUUCCCCCCAAAGAUAAAUAUGAAUUAUAUACGGUUUAUAACGCAUAACGAUUUAAGGGCAUUACCCCUUGUGAGUUGCGAGUAAUGCAAUUGGUGCAAAACUUUACACCACAUGGUUAUUAAGAAAAGCCAUUCGAUAUCUCACAGGUAAUUUUCAUUAAGGUAAACCAUUUCAAUAAAAAGAGCACAUUAAUGCUUGAGAUACAGCCAGAGUGAGCUCAAACCCUGAUGCAAGUACAAAAUCGCCCAUA